CCUGGCCACACACGUGCGCCCUGAUAGGAAGUAAAGACCGGGGCUGGGCUGCGGUAGGGGUCGGGCAAGAUGUCGCACCUGCAGAUGAAGCUGCUGCGCAAGAAGAUCGAGAAGCGGAACCUCAAGUUGCGGCAGCGGAACCUAAAGCUACAGGAAGCAUUGAAUGUGAACCUGUCACAAACUCAAAAUGGAGAUGUGCCUAAAGAUACAAUACAAGUUAGAAAAGUUAAAAAGUCCCUAAAUCACCCUGUGAAGGCAGACCCAUCAGAAGCACAAAACGGAGAUGUGUUGAAAGACAUAGUGGAAGAUGUAAACAUGAAAAAAUCCCCCCAGAAGUGUGCAGUAUUAACCAAUGGAGAAGCAGCCACAACACAGUCUCCUAAUUCAGAACUGAAAAAGAAAAAGAAGAAGAAGAAGAGAAAAACGGUGAAUGACGCUGGGCCUGAUGCUAAAAAGACAAAAAUUGAAGAUGCCACCAGGGUUCCUAAAGAAGCAGAAGAGAGUGUGGAGAAGCCAGACAAUGAGGAAGAUGACAGUGAGGUGCCCAGCCUGCCCCUAGGACUCACAGGGGCCUUUGAAGACACAUCAUUUGUUUCCCUGUCUAAUCUUGUCAAUGAAAACACUCUGAAGGCUAUAAAAGAAAUGGGCUUCACAAACAUGACUGAAAUUCAACAUAAAAGUAUUAGACCACUUCUGGAAGGCAGGGAUCUUCUGGCAGCAGCAAAAACAGGCAGUGGCAAAACGCUUGCUUUUCUCAUCCCUGUGAUUGAGCUCAUCGUUAAGUUAAAGUUCAUGCCCAGGAAUGGAACAGGAGUGCUUAUUCUCUCACCCACCAGAGAACUGGCCAUGCAGACCUUUGGUGUGCUUAAAGAGCUGAUGGCGCACCACGUUCACACUUACGGGCUGAUCAUGGGUGGCAGUAACAGGUCUGCUGAAGCUCAGAAGCUUGCUAACGGCAUCAACAUCAUCGUGGCCACGCCAGGCCGGCUCCUGGACCACAUGCAGAACACCCCAGGGUUUAUGUAUAAAAACCUACAGUGCUUGGUUAUUGAUGAGGCUGACCGAAUCUUGGAUGUUGGUUUUGAAGAGGAGUUAAAGCAGAUAAUUAAACUUCUGCCUACUCGUAGGCAGACCAUGCUCUUUUCUGCCACACAAACUCGAAAAGUUGAAGACUUGGCAAGGAUUUCUCUGAAAAAGGAGCCAUUGUAUGUGGGUGUUGAUGAUGAUAAAGCUAAUGCCACCGUGGAUGGUCUUGAGCAGGGGUAUGUUGUCUGUCCGUCUGAAAAGAGAUUUCUUCUGCUCUUUACAUUCCUUAAGAAGAACCGAAAGAAGAAACUGAUGGUCUUCUUUUCCUCCUGUAUGUCUGUGAAAUACCACUACGAGUUGCUGAACUACAUCGAUUUGCCCGUUCUGGCCAUUCACGGAAAGCAGAAGCAAAACAAGCGCACGACCACGUUCUUCCAGUUCUGCAAUGCAGACUCUGGGACACUGUUAUGCACAGACGUGGCGGCAAGAGGGCUGGACAUUCCCGAAGUGGACUGGAUUGUUCAAUAUGACCCUCCGGAUGACCCCAAGGAAUACAUUCACCGAGUGGGCAGGACAGCCCGGGGCCUGAACGGAAGAGGGCAUGCCUUGCUUAUUUUGCGUCCUGAAGAGUUGGGAUUCCUUCGGUACUUGAAGCAGUCCAAGGUCCCAUUGAAUGAAUUUGACUUUUCCUGGUCCAAAAUUUCUAACAUUCAGUCUCAGCUUGAAAAACUAAUUGAAAAGAACUACUUUCUUCACAAGUCAGCCCAGGAAGCAUACAAGUCCUACAUACGCGCAUACGAUUCCCAUUCUCUGAAGCAGAUCUUUGAUGUAAACAACUUGAAUUUGCCUCAGGUUGCUCUGUCCUUUGGGUUCAAGGUGCCACCUUUCGUUGAUCUGAAUGUGAGUACCAACGAAGGCAAGCAGAGGAAGAGAGGCGGCGGCGGUGGAUUCGGCUACCAAAAAGCUAAGAAAGUGGAGAAGUCCAAAAUCUUCAAACAUAUAAGCAAGAAGUCAUCAGAGAGGAGGCAGUUCACACACUGAAGACUCCACGUCCUUGCACCUUGACUAACUGCUGUAAUAUUUUUUAGACUGUCCUUACAAAGUAAUUUCCAUGGCCUUUAGAAUCAUUUUUCAAUCUUUGCUUUGAUAAUACAUUAUUUUAAUUUUAAAUACUUUCCACAAAACAA